CGGUGAGAGUUUGGGAAAUCUGGGGGUUGAAGUGUCAGGACCAUGUGCUCGGUCUGUGCCACUGAGAAUCCGAUAGGAUGAUCGGCCGAUUUUUUGCUGUGUUGACUGAUGGGGAGAUCAGAGCAAAUCCUCGGCUCUUUUUCUCCCAGAUGGAUGGAUGAGCCCAUAAAUAGGGCAUCAGGUGUGGACAGAGCAGCGGCCAGAGACUCGACUCACACCCAACCCAACUCAACUCAUCUCAACUCCAUCAUCAUCAACAGGAGCAAAGGAGCAAAAGUACGCCAGAAAGGUUAAAGGAUGGCAGAGCAGCAGGCGGCACCUGAGCAGAUGGACGCAGGCAAAGCGCUGGCCACAGCCACAGCCAAAGCCGGGGCCAACUACAAGCUCACAAUCUAUGAGCUCGAGAAUUUCCAAGGUCGCAAGGUUGAGUUUACUGGGGAAUGCUUGAACCUGGGAGAAAAAGGAUUUGAGAAAGUGGGAUCGAUCCAAGUGGAAAACGGACCAUGGGUGGGUUUCGACCGUCAGGGCUUCAAUGGUGAGCAGUUUGUGUUUGAGAAAGGCGAGUAUCCUCGCUGGGACUCGUGGUCCAACAGUCACUCCAGCGAGAAUCUGGUCUCCCUCCGUCCUGUCCGGGUCGAUGGCAGUGAGCACAAGAUCAGCCUCUUUGAGAACUCCGGCUUUAACGGGAGGAAGAUGGAGAUCAUUGAUGAUGAUGUGCCCAGCCUGUGGGCCCAUGGAUUCCAGGACAGAGUAGCCAGUAUCAAAGCCAUCAAUGGAACGUGGGUAGGUUACCAAUACCCCGGUUACAGAGGACACCAGUACAUCUUUGAGAAAGGAGAGUACAAGCACUGGAAUGAGUGGAGCGCCAGUCAGCCCCUGCUCCAGUCCAUCCGCCGGGUCAGGGACAUGCAAUGGCACAAGCGAGGCUGUUACCAAGUACCUGCAGCCAGUAGCUGAAGGAGACACGAGGAACACUCGAGGCAAGAGGUCACCAGCAGGAAGUACACAAAGAAAAGGCGGAUGAAGUAGAGCAGACACCGGCCACGGGAACUUGCCGCCUUUCCCCUCUGUCCUGUGACGAUAAGAGCAAGAGUCCGCCAAUAAAAUAGUGACUG